CAUAGCCUUUUCCAUCAUCAUCCGUUGUAAAAGUAAACAAUCUUGUCUUAUACCUAGAUCAUACUGACAGAUGGCCAUUUGCCUGCCAAAAAGAGUAAUUAAACUUCAAUCAGCAGAUAACAAUCUCACUUAAUCCUGUAAGUGGUUAAAUGUAGCUGCUAUCUAACAGAAGUUGUCCCAGAAAGCCGCAUAAACACACAAUUUUAUUUUUUUUUUCUGGAGGAGUGCCUGUAGAUGAAUUAGACCAAAGUACUUCUGGCUGUCUGUACUUGUACGUGCAGUUAUUUCAGUUUGCCAGGUGUCAUAUCAUUAAUCACUGUCUCAUACAAAGCCUCUCAGGCAUCAUAAGACACUUAAAAACAGCUUUUAUCAAGUGAUCAAUGGCUUCUCCGACCUUCUUUGCCCGGUAUUAUUAUGGUAUUAUCCUUAUCCUCCUAAAAUCAUACACCCCAUCUUUCCACCACGGUGUUUGCUACUUUUUAAAAUUAAUAACACUUUUUUGACCUUUGUGCUACACAUUUAGGUACAAAGAAGAUGAUCCACUGAUCUCAGUUUGUCUUCAGAUAAAUUCAGGAGAAUUAUUGCAGUCUGGACUUCUUGCAUGUUAACCUCUUCUGCAGUGCAGAUCAUACUGCAGGUGUUAUAACUCAGUUAUUACUUGUAAGGGGAUUGGCCCCAUGAAAAUGACAAGUGACUGGAUUUACAAGUUAAGAAAGCUCAGGGGGCUUUAUGACUCUUGCGUCACUAGUUAUUAGUGCCCCCUGGGAUCCCCUUACCCAGUAAGCCACUCGCUACCUUCUGUUGGGGAAGGUGUUGGAACUGUAGCUUUGGUCCUGUGUCCACCAAGGAGUUCAGGAGAUGUCUCAGUAGGGUCUGCACUGCCACAUCUUCUGGAGGCCACCUUUACUCCUCCCUCUGCUCUCUCCACCAUCCAGCUUCACUCGUCUAAGAGGAGCAUCUUUGUGCAGUUACAGAAGGGAUUGUUCAUCUAAACUUGGACAACAUGGGAGACAAAGAUACUAUAGAGAAGUUCCUUGACAACAACCCACAGUUUGCCAAGGAGUACUACGAAAAGAAGGUCAAGGCAGAGGUGAUCACUGCUGCCUUUAACAACCAGGUCCAGGUCAAAGACCCAGCCUCUUACAAGGAUGUCUCCACUAUCCAGGAGGCUGAGUUCAUAUUUGAGCUCUUAAAGGAGAUGCAAGGCACCAACCCGAUGGAGAAAUCUCUGCAUAAAAUUCUCCAGAGGAUUGCUCUGCUGAUCCAGGCUGAUCGCUGCAGCUACUUUGGCUACAGGGCUCGUAAUGGAGUACCCGAGCUGUCCACGAUCCUCUUCGAUGUGACACACAAUUCUCCGUUUGAAAAAAAUAUUGUGAACCCCAAUGUAGAGAUUGUAUUUCCCACCGACAUGGGGAUUGUUGGAUAUACGGCACACUCCAAGAAGCCUCAGAAUGUUGCUGAUGUUAAGAAGAACUCUCGUUUCUGCGACUUUGUGGAUAAACAGACCAAAUACACCACCAAAUGCAUGAUCACUGCUCCCGUGAUGAAUGGAAAUGAGCCCGUUGGUAUCAUCAUGGCACUCAACAAACAAGGUGCUGAUGCGUUCUCAAAGGGUGAUCAGGAGCUCUUCACUAAAUAUGUGAACUUUGCUAAUGUGGUCAUUGUCCAAGCCCACCUUGCUUGCAUGUGGGAUGUAGAGUCCAGGAGAAGCCAGGUGUUGCUGUGGUCAGCCAGCAAAGUUUUUGAAGAGUUGACGGAUAUUGAGAGGCAGUUUCACAAAGCCUUGUACACAGUGAGGACAUAUAUCAAAUGUGAGAGAUACUCUGUGGGACUCUUGGACAUGACCAAAGAAAAGGAAUUCUUUGAUGAGUGGCCAAUCAAACUAGGAGAACAGGAGCCAUAUAAGGGCCCCAAGACACCUGAUGGCAGAGAAAUCAACUUCUACAAGAUUAUUGACUACUUGCUGGAAGACAAAGAGGAGAUUAAAGUUAUCCCUGGCCCUCCUGCCGACCACUGGGCUCUGGUCAGUGGACUCCCAUCAUAUGUGGCUGAGAAUGGAUUUAUCUGCAACAUGAUGAAUGCUGCGGCAGACGAAUACUUUGCAUUUCAGAAAGAAGCAGUGGAUGAGACUGGGUGGAGGAUUAAAAAUGUCCUCUCACUCCCGAUUGUCAACAAAAAGGAAGAGAUUGUGGGCGUUGCCACUUUCUUCAACAGAAAGGAUGGCAAACCAUUCGACGAGAAUGAUGAACAAAUUACAGAGGCUUUAACUCAGUUCCUUGGCUGGUCCACUCUGAAUAGCGACACAUACGACAAACUAAACAGGACAGAGUGGAGAAAAGAUAUCGCCCAGGAAGUGCUCAUGUACCAGACAAAGGCCACACUGAAGGAUGUGCAGACCAUUCUGAACACUCAAGACAAGUUUGGCUCUGCUCCAGAAGACUGUGAUCAGAAGGAGAUGUACAAACUGUUGAAAACCACCAUCCCCGAUGCCAAGACCGUGGAGCUGCAUGAGUUCCGCUUCAGUGACUUCCCAUUGUCAGAGGUGGAACUCAUCAAGUGUGGCAUCCGCUGCUUCUUUGAGCUAGGGGUGGUAGAGAAGUUCAAAGUACCAGCUGAGAUUCUGACACGAUGGAUGUACACCGUUCGCAAGGGAUACCGUGACAUCACCUACCACAACUGGAGGCACGGCUUCAACGUUGGACAAACCAUGUUCUCUCUGCUGCUAACAGGUAAACUGAAGAAGUAUUACUCUGAUCUCGAGGCCUUUGCCAUGGUUGCUGCCGGAUUCUGCCACGAUAUUGACCACAGAGGAACCAACAAUCUCUACCAGACAAAGAGUUUAUCCCCACUGGCAAAACUGCACAGCACCUCAAUCAUGGAGCGACAUCAUCUUGAGUACAGUAAGACACUGAUGGAGGAUGAGAACCUGAAUAUCUUCCAAAACCUUCAGAAGCGCCAGUUUGAGACGGUGCAGCAUCUGUUUGAAGUUUGCAUCAUUGCUACUGAUCUCGCCCUCUACUUCAAAAAGAGAACAAUGUUCCAGAAAAUCGUGGAUUCAAUGGAGGCCGUUCCAGAUGAGAAGGAGAAGAUCAACUACAUCUCCAACAAUCCAACCAGGAAGGAAAUUGUGAUGGCAAUGAUGAUGACAGCUUGUGACUUGUCAGCCAUUACAAAGCCAUGGGAGGUUCAGAGCAAGGUCGCUCUAAUGGUGGCAGCAGAAUUUUGGGAGCAGGGAGAUCUGGAAAGGACAGUCCUCGACCAACAGCCAAUUCCGAUGAUGGACAGAAAUCAUGCUGCUGAGCUGCCUAAGAUGCAGUGCGGUUUCAUCGACUUUGUCUGCUCCUUUGUGUACAAGGAGUUUUCUCGCUUCCACACAGAGAUCUCCCCCAUGUUCAAUGGACUGAAUGUGAACAGGGGAGAAUGGAGAGCCCUCGCAGACGUACAUGAGGCCAAGAUGAAGGCGAUAGAAGACGCGAAGAAAAAGCUGGAAGGUGGAGACGGUCAGGAUGGCGGGAAGUCAAAGACGUGUGUUAUCUGCUAGACCUCCAGGGCUAUUGAAGCAUAUAUGAAUGUUUGUCUGGAUGUGUUAUUGUACAGUGUGUGUAUGUGCAUGAGUAUGCGUUCACACAUGAGGGACUUCUGUUGUGCAGUUAUUAUUUUUAUAAACUAUAUAUAUAUAUAUAUAUAUAUAUAU